GAAGAGGGCGGGCUUUACUUGGUGUCAGUGAGAGAAAUGAAAAAAAGCUCAAAUGAGUGAGAAGGACGAUGAAGGAAACAUCUGUGCUGUGUCUGCUCUUUCUGAUCUCACUGCUGAGCUGCACAACAAACCAAGCUCGUCUGACUGUGACUCCCAGCAGCUCUCAGUUCUUUAAAGGAGUAUUUGUGUCUCUGAGCUGUGAGGAGGACGACAGCUCUGCUGGAUGGACUCUGAGGAGAAACACAAGCAAACGAAACACCAGUCAGUGUGGAGAUGGGUGGGGAACAUCCGCUAAUUUAUCCUGUGACAUCAGUUACAUCGUUGAACGAGACAGUGGAGUUUACUGGUGUGAGUCCAGAGAGGGUCCCAUCAGUAACAUGGUUAACCUGACAGUCACUGGUGGAUCAGUGAUCCUGCAGAGUCCUGUCCUCCCUGUGAUGGAGGGAGAUGACGUCACUCUGCUCUGUAAAACAAAGACCUCCAACCUCACAGCUGCUUUCUAUAAAGAUGGCAUCUUCAUUGGGAAUGAGUCAACAGGUCACAUGACCAUCCAGCAUGUUUCCAGGUCUGAUGAAGGCCUCUACAAGUGUGACAUCAGCGGUCAUGGAGAGUCUCCAUCCAGCUGGAUCACUGUCACAGACACCACCACACCUCCACCUACAUCUACACCUCCUCCUACAUCCACACCUCCACCUACAUCCACCUCUUCUCCAGCUUUCACCUCCAUCACUCUUCCUGCACCACUCUCUCUUCCUCUUCUCUCUCUGUUGUCAUGUGUUGGAUCCUCCUGUGUUGUGGUUCUACUGGUGUUACUGGUUCUGCUGGUGAGACGAUGUGUUCACAGGAAACCUGAAGACUGUAAACCAGAGCCAGAGACCAUCUACUCUUCAGUGAAGUCCAACCACAGACGUCCAGCUGCUGGUCUCUAA